AUGGCUCUGAUGGGGGGGUUUGCCAGAAUAGGCAAUAAUGAAAUCACCAUAUUAGUCAAUGAUGCGGAGAAGGGUAGUGACAUUGAUCCGCAAGAAGCUCAGCGAACUCUUGAAAUAGCUGAAGCUAACUUGAGUAAAGCAGAAGCGAAAGGUUACACCUAUAGGUUCUGUAUUGCAUGUCAAUUCUACUGUAAUAGUGCCAAUAGGUGGCAUAGGGGAAGAAGCACUACACCUAGGAAUCAACAAAACGAAAACUUUGUUAUAUAAUUCCCCUUCUUCAUCGGGAUCGGGACUACCAAGAAUGGUUAGGACAACAAACAUCCAUCUCGUUCGUACUUUGGAUACCCGUAUAACCAUCAAAGAUCGUUGAAGUGA